AUGGCCGAAGCUCAAUUAAACGACUUCCCCUCCCUUUUCUCACUUAAGGGCAAAGUUGCAGUCGUAACCGGCGGCUCUCGCGGUCUCGGACUCCACGCCGCAUCUGCCUUCCUCCAAGCCGGCGCCUCCAAGGUCUUCAUCUCCUCUCGCAAAGCAGCCGCCUGCGACGAGGCCUGCAAAGCCCUCAAUGCCCUCCCCAACCGACAGCCCGGCGCAAUCGCCAUCCCCAUCCCCGCAGACUCCGCCAACAUCCAGGGCGUAACCCAUCUCCUCGAGGAAGUCAAGAAGCACACCGACCGGGUGGACAUUCUGUUUGCCAACGCCGGCGCCACAUGGGGCGAGGCCUUUGACACGCACCCCGACCAGGCGUUCGCCAAGGUCAUGGACCUCAACGUCAAGGCUGUGUUCAACACGGUCCGCGUCUUCACGCCGCUUCUGGAGAAGGCGUCGUCCCGUGCGGACCCCUCGCGUGUUAUAAUCACGGCUAGUGUUGCUGGUUUGGGGAUUGGAACUAUCGGCAAGCAGGGCACGUAUGGGUAUUCUGCGUCGAAGGCGGCUGUUAUCCAUUUGGGUCGCAACUUGGCUAUUGAGCUGGGUCCGAGACAGAUUACGGUGAAUUCGAUUUGUCCUGGUUUCUUCCCGAGUAAGAUGUCGAAUGGGCUUUUGGAAAUUGCUGGUGGCGCGGAUAAGAUUGGUAAUUCGAAUCCUAUGGGGCGGUUGGGCGUGCCGGAGGACAUUGCUGGUGUGGUGGUGUAUCUGGCGAGUAGGGCUGGUUCUCACGUCAAUGGUGAGGCUAUUGCUAUUGAUGGUGGUGCCUUAUGGGCGAGGGGCGAGAUGUCUUUCCACGGAGAUAGCUCCAAGCUGUAA